CGCUCACGUGUAGUAGUGACGCCAAUCUCGCGUGAUUAGACUUGUGUGGCAUUUGGGAUUGUAAGGGGAAAAGAACAUGCAGGCAUCCUAGCAACUGCCCUCCCUUCUGAAGGCUGCGGCUCAAUGACAGCUGGGGCUCCGACAAUCCAAGCAGAGCUGUGGAGUUGCCCUUUAAAACUCUCCAGUCUGGAAGCCCAGCUCAGCACAGUCCUCAUUCUGAGUUGUGACGGUGAGUUUGCCAAGAAGCUGCGGAGUGUCUUUGCCAGGCUCAGCCAAGGCACGUCAAGUAGCGACCCCAGCACCAGAGAUGGGCAUUGGACGGAACCCGUCAUCCAAGGCAAUGGAAUCCACAGACUCAACAGAUGGGAAAUAUGAGGAGGAAUCCAAGCAUGCUGCUUUUUUUGCCCUGCCAAAAAUCCCAGGUCCUGAGUAUUCUGGAUAACAGGUCUCAUACUUGUACCUAGAACUUCUGCUAUCACUGGCGGUGAUAAAUGGAGGUGCUGCUUCCAGUGGUGAUCAGGACACUGAAGAUACAGAACUAAUGGCUAUUUAUACCACUGAGAGUGGCAUUGCCGAGAAGAACUCGUUGACAGAGACACUGGAUAACACUGACAGUUUCGAUCGGCAGCGGCUUGAUAUGAUAUACACGGUGGAGGACGUCCCUCCCUGGUACCUCUGCAUCUUUCUGGGUUUACAGCACUACCUGACAUGCUUCAGUGGGACAGUAGCCGUUCCGUUCCUGCUGGCAGAAGCCAUGUGCGUAGGAUUUGAUCAAUUGGCCACCAGCCAACUCAUUGGGACCAUUUUUUUCUGUGUAGGAAUCACUACUUUGUUUCAGACAACUUUCGGGUGCAGGUUACCGUUGUUCCAGGCAAGUGCAUUUGCCUUCCUAGCCCCAGCCCGUGCCAUUCUAUCCCUUGAGAAGUGGAAAUGUAAUACUACAGAUUUAUCCAUCACCAAUGGAACCGAGCUGCUCCAUACGGAACAUAUCUGGCACCCAAGGAUACGUGAGAUCCAAGGAGCUAUCAUUAUGUCUUCACUGAUUGAAGUUGUAAUUGGCUUUCUUGGGCUCCCUGGAGCAUUACUGAAAUAUAUCGGUCCACUAACCAUCACUCCUACUGUGUCCCUCAUUGGUCUAUCUGGAUUUCAGGCUGCCGGGGAGAGAGCCGGAAAACACUGGGGCAUUGCAAUGCUCACCAUUUUCCUUGUCCUGCUCUUCUCCCAGUACGCGAGGAACGUCAAACUGCCGUUGCCCAUCUACAAAUCCAAAAAAGGAUGGACUGCGUACAAGCUGCAGCUGUUUAAAAUGUUUCCCAUUAUUAUGGCAAUACUUGUGUCCUGGCUCCUCUGCUUCAUCUUUACUGUGACAGAUGUUUUCCCUCCAGAUAGCAGCAAAUACGGCUUCUAUGCCCGCACUGAUGCCAGGCAAGGGGUCCUGAAUGUGGCCCCAUGGUUUAAGGUUCCCUACCCAUUUCAAUGGGGCCUGCCUACAGUGUCCGCUGCCGGUGUUAUUGGGAUGCUGAGUGCGGUGGUAUCAAGUAUUAUAGAAUCCAUUGGGGAUUACUAUGCCUGCGCACGUCUCUCCUGUGCUCCCCCUCCUCCAAUCCAUGCCAUCAACAGAGGGAUUUUUAUUGAGGGUCUGUCCUGUGUCCUUGACGGGGUGUUUGGUACUGGAAAUGGAUCCACCUCAUCCAGUCCCAAUAUUGGUGUUCUUGGCAUCACUAAGGUUGCCAGUCGGAGAGUUAUCCAGUAUGGUGCUGCGUUCAUGCUGCUGCUGGGGAUGGUUGGAAAAUUCAGUGCCCUCUUCGCCUCUCUCCCUGAUCCUGUUCUUGGGGCUCUGUUCUGCACCCUUUUUGGAAUGAUCACUGCCGUGGGGCUCUCCAACCUGCAGUUUGUGGAUCUCAACUCAUCCCGAAACCUCUUUGUCCUGGGAUUCUCUAUCUUCUUUGGGCUCAUGCUUCCCAGUUAUUUAAAGGAGAAUCCAUUGGUCACAGGUAUAGAAGAGAUUGAUCAAGUGCUAAAUGUCCUUUUGACGACGGCCAUGUUUGUUGGAGGUUGUACGGCUUUUAUUUUGGACAACACUAUUCCAGGCACAGCCGAGGAGAGGGGAAUCCGCAAGUGGAAGCAGGGUGUGGGCAAAAGUACCUCCGCCAUGGAAGGAAUGGAGUCUUACGACCUGCCGUUUGGAAUGAGCUUUCUGCGGAGAUACAAGUGUUUCAGUUACCUUCCCAUCAGCCCCACAUUUGCCGGCUACCAAUGGCAGGCUCUGCGGAAAUGCAGCAAUAGUUUGAGAGCCAAGGAGGAACCUGAGCCAGUGGUAUAACCCUGGGCCCCCAGUUUGCUCUUAUUGUGCAGUGCAAACUUUUACCAGGUUUACCAUGCCUUCAACCAGAUGUGUUUUUUUUUUUUGUAUAUUUACGUAUAAUUCCAGGGCUGAGACCCAGGGUGCAGUAUGGGCUUUAUUAACACAUUCUUCAUAUAUAUAUAUAUGUUGUUCUGCUAAUGCAGUAAGUUGAUUUAUGAACUUAUUGUACUUCUCCUGACCCUUUCCAGUCCAAUUCUGCACACUCUCUCUUUCUUCUACCUUCCUUCUCUGGCUUAGCAUGGUGAGCUCCUAAAUUGUCUAAGGGUUUAUCCGAACACUGGCUGGUUAAACGGGUAUUCGUGCCCAUCAAAGGGUACACAGUUGCCCUCUGUCUCAGCUCGGGAAUGUUUUAAUUUAUUGCAGUCCUGUCUCCCUAUUGUUUAUCCCCCCACCCACAAUUAUGUGGGCCCUUGUUGUGUAAAUAGCACCUUUCUCCGAUCCCUUAAAUGGUGUGCUUUUAUAUAGAAACUGUAAACCAGUUUUCACCUUUUUCCGCAAAAGACAUUUGGCACGUAAUAUAUUUUGAAUGCCGUGAUGCUUUUGGGCAAACCAUGGUGGGCAAGAGAUGCCUAUGGCAGGUGCUACAGGUAGGGAAAGGGUAUCACAGUUCUCCCAAAGAACCCAGCAGCUCUCAGUAUCAUGUACCACAGGCCUUCAUUCUGUAGAGCAGCUGACAGUUAGACAUGUUUGACUGCCUUCUACUCGUACAAGAUUAUAUAUGUGUUUUGUUUUCUCCUCAAUACUCGCAGUUUUCAACAAAACAGGAAGUGAUAAUCUGAGAAAAGUUGCGCUUGGGCUUGAUUUUUUUUUUUCCUUCCAACUGAGAAUUGUAACUGCCUAAGGGUUGCUGGGUUAAGGAUGCUAGUAACCAGAAAGGAGAAUGGAAACAAGGGUGGGUUUUUAUUUUUAUGUAUUUAUUGAUUACCCUUCUCUGGUCCCCCUCAACCUACUCAUCUGCCAUGCAGACCACAGACUUGCUGCUACAUUAAGUUAUUCCAGCAUUUUGGAAGUAAAAAUGGCAUUUAAUACAAAAUUACAUCGGAUGAAAACAAGUUGUGGGUUUUUUCUCAAGAUUACCACUUUCUGAUUAAUUCCUAGUU